GCUUACGCAUAUUAAAUGGAAUCUUUAUAAAUAACGAUAGGAAAUGGAGAACACAAUUAUCUUUGAUUUCAGAACUGACAUUAAAAUCAGUAAAAGAUGUCUUGUUCAAUGACGAUUAGAUCGCAAAUAGCGGUGAAUCGAUUGUCUUCUGCGAUUGUCGUCAAUACCGGUUAUUUGAAAAGUUGGAAUUGUAUUUUAAAGAUGUUACAAUUGGCACUGGGCAUAGUUUGCAUAGGAAUUGUUGGUUACGAAUUUAGUAACAGUAUAAUUUCUCGAAAUAUUGCAGAGCUUUUCUUUCUUCUGAUAAUGACUACUUUCAUGAUUAGCACUUUCAUCGUUCUUCUCAGUUGUCUGGCAUCUCUCUAUACUGCAAAUACUAUACCGAAGACUCUAUGGGAACUUCUUUAUCAUGCUGUUGCAUUUGGAUUGAUACUUGCGGCCUCAUUGACACUCUUGGUAAACAUUCAUAAUAAUAGUAAACGUUCCAGAGGUUAUGAGCUGUUAUUUGGUGCUUCAAUUUGCGGUCUGAUAAAUACGGCUUUAUAUCUCUUGAGCACAAUCAUCGCUCUUCAUACUUAUAGAGAGAAUUGUUGA